GAAAUAGAGAUAUCUAGAUCUAUAUACUACUUUACGGUGUACGCUAAUGUAAUGCAAUCAUAACUCUGUACAAUCGAAUUAGAACUCUCCGCAAAUUUAUUGGCUUGCCAAGUGAAUGUCAUCCAAUCAUCAAGUAGGGUUUUGUUUGCCUUGUGAGACCUUUUAAAAAUCUAGAUUCUACAUUAUUUUGGAAGAUGACAACUGUUUUAAACAAUGAAAGAGAUACUACAGAUGGACUACCCAAGCAGUUUCUUUCAUCGUUGCGAAUAUUAUUUGAUAUUCUAGACGAGAACCAAACAGGUUUCAUUCGUCUUCGAGAUAUCGAAAGCAGAUGGAGUGAUGAUGGUGUUAAAGGAUUGCCUCCUGGAGUAGUAGAAGGCUUAAGAAAGGUAACACCGCCUAACGGGCUGUUAAGUUUUGAGAGGUUUGUUUCUGGUUUAAAGCUUGCUUUGAUGAGAAAACAUGAAAUUAUUGACACUCGUAAACCUUUUGUCUCCAAAGAAAACCGAUCACCUAUAGACUACAGAGAUAGAAUCCGAACUGCUAGCACUAAUGAGUUAAUUUCUGAAAGAUUUUCUGGUGACAAUAAACCUCAACAACCUUUAAACAGACUAUACCAACAGAAUCCAACAAAUUUUUCUCAGAAUCAGAAAGCUAGAAAUUCAUCCCAAAAUGAUUUAAACUCACAUUCCGGACAUCAAACUAUUGAAAACCAAAGAAAAGAAUCAGUACAAGCACCAUACAGGGUUGACCAGAGCAAUUAUACAAACAAACCAGAUUCUAGAAAUACUUACAGCCUUGGUGUCCAAGGAUCAUCUAAUGGUAAUCCAAGGCAUUAUUUCAACAGCAAAUCACAGACGUCAACAGACCAGCCACCAAUAAUUCCACCUAGAAGAGAUCAACCUUUCAGGGCCAGUACUACUUCAGCACAUAUCAGGAAAUCUGUUUCAGGUCCCAAUCUUCAGUCACAUUCCACCUCACCCCCUGUGAUUCCACCAAGAGAUGCUCAGUCGAGUACCAGAGUUCUGAACGAGCUUAAAAGCUGGCAAAGAGAAUGGAGUUCCAGUCAACUGUCCAAUAACAAGAACACUAAAGACCAAAAUGACAGAGUGACUUAUGGGACAGAUGGAAUGAUAUAUGCCAACAUUGAAGAUUUUCAAAAAAGACCUGAUGAGCAGCUAUCUACUCCAUCAAAAGCCACUGUCCGGCGCCAUGGAUCUGGCAGAAGGCACACACUGGCUAACGGCAUUGACCAAAAUAUGCUCAAAAGAAUGAAGCAACUUGAGGAGGAAAUGUCUGUCCUUCGUUCUGGUCUAGCUAUGAUGGACACUGCUCGGGACUGGUACUUAAAACAGAUUCGUGCUGUCUCAGACAAGCAGGCAAUGCUAGACAAGGUUAAGUUUAAUGAUAAUUCUCUUGAUGCACAUCAAGAAAAAAUGAAUUUUCAAAGAGCUCGGAUCACAGAAGUGAACCAGCACUUGCAUACUUUGAUAGAGAGUUCAGAAAAGGGUUUUCCUCUUCAUAUGAAUCUGGCUGUGCCUGGGAUCAAGCUGAACAUGUCUGGUAAAGAGCCCACUGCACAGAAUAUAAAAGAACAAAACAGAAGCUUGUUAGAGGAGCUGAACCAAAAGAAAGAAAUAAUAAGCCAACUUGAAAAGGAAAAGUCAACUCUUGUUCGUGAAUUGUUUGAAGCUCGCUCCAAAAACAAGUCCAGCUUUGACGACACAACCUUUAUGUAGCGGUCUGACUCUCAUAUUUUAUUGUUUUUUGUUUACUAUCUAUUGCUACCUUUAUUUUCUGUACUACCCUUUAGCUUAAUUUAAUGCCUUUAAACUAUUUGUGAUAAGAUUUGCUUUGCAACCAAAAUGCUGUAUUUAUUUUGCUAUGUUAAUGUUGCUUCCUGUGUGUUCCAAAGAUAUUUGUCUUUUAAAUAAUUUCCAAAGAUAUUUAUCUUUUAAAAGGUUUUGUAUAUUUUAUGUGACACCACCAUUGUUCAGUCGUUGGCAAGUCUAGUUGAUUAAUUAUGUAAUCACCCUUAAGCAUUCAAAGGUCUUGAGGACCAACUUUACGAUAUACCAUUCGUCAAUUAAAUUUGUUAAAGGCAAUAGCGAGGAAUAUUAAAAGUCCAUAAAAGGCAUUUACAAUACAACUAAGCCAGCAAAAUGAAAAGUUAUUUCCUUGUGUUCAAUUCUUAUUAUUAGCUCAACAUUCUUCCUAAAUUAGCUCAACAUUCUACCUAAAUUAGCUCAACAUUCUUCCUAGUCAAAAACAAAUAGGAGCAGGUGGACCAAAAAUUGGAAAGUGGUAAAAAGAACAAGACAAAAAUUAUGUCAUUCAUUUUUAUACAAAUUUAGCACAUAGUAGUAUAGCUAGAUAGCCAAGUUGAUAGUCACUUUAAUAAGGUGAAUGUCAUGGGAUCUAUCUUACUAUAUUACUUAAACAUAAAGUAGAAAUUGUUUUGUUUUUUAAAUUUAUAAUAAAAAAUAUAUAAAACUUAUAACACUUGUUUUAGACAUUAAAUUUCUUUGGCCAAUAUUAUUGAUGCAUCAGGAAGUGGUUUUUGAGAGCUGCUGAGUGAUGCUUACAAGGAAUGGUCCAUGUAAAACUUGCCAUAGUUGUUAGUACAGAACAACAGCAUUACUGAGUGCAAUAUUCAGAAGAAAAAGAUCAGAGGUGUACUUUUGAAAUGCUUUUUCAUAAACCAUAAGUCUACAAAAAUUAAAUAAGCAGUCUACUAAUUUUGUUUUAAAAAAAACUGCUUAUAAAUUAUUUUUUUUCAUGUAUUCAUUCAUCAUUCACAGGCUUUGUUGAUUUAUUUAUAAUGGGUGUUUCUAAGUAUCUUGUUCUAAAUCUGUAGUGCUAGGGUCAUGGAGAGUACACUCUAGUAGACAUUGUAUUAUAUGAACUUUUUAUUGGUUAUGAGAUCAGUGUGAUCUGACUGAGGUACAGCUGAAGAGUGAACUUAAAAUCCAAAUUAUGUACACAAUUACUGUCAUCAAUAAUACACUUUUUCAUUGUUUCUCCAUUUUGAAUUUAGGCUCUAAUCUGUUGCAUAUGUUUUCGAUCAAGUUGUCAUUAAACUAAGAAAGAUUCUACCAUAGUUGGGUGAUCUUAAUUUCACCAUUAUUGAAAUAUAAAUUUGAGUUCAAGAACUUUAACUUUCACAUAUCAGCCACAUGUAUCAUUAAUGUAUAUAUAUUUUAAUGGUUUGCUGUGUAACUAUAAUAAUAGUUUGUAAUAUAACAGUAGGUAAAAGGUAUUUUUCUCUGUCAGUAUUUGAGAUAUUACCUUUGUUUUUGUUUUUUUAUUAAAAAUUAAAGCUAAAAAAUAGUGCUGUAGCCAGUAAUAUUUUUCUGUGUUGUUAUAAAAUUAUUAUAACUAUUUAGUUGAUAUAGUUUACCAAUAAUUUUCUUUUUCUAAAAAAAGACUGGAAAAAUGUAAAAGGACAGUACCUUCUCAUCUAUUUAAUUUCAAGCAAUGUAGUGUAUAUUGAAAAAUAAAUAAGAACUUACUUUGCCCUUGUUAAAUUCUAAUUGUUUUGGUGAAUAGUCAAACGGUGGUCUGAUUAAUUAAGAUCUGCCUGUAUUGUUUCUUACUAACUUAAAGGUAAGUCCUCAUAAAAAUCUCUUAUCAGAAAACAUGUUUAACUUAGUGUCAUACUGUGGUACAUUAUCUAACAUUGCCUCAAUGUUUCUGGUGUAGGCCUAGAGCAUUAUUGAAAUAAUUUUUUUUUUAAGAAUAGCUUUUACUCAUCUGUUAUGCCUGAUAUUUUAACUUGUAUUAACUUAAGGUGAGCAGAAUACAUUUUUCUGAUCCACUUAAGACAGGAUUGACCCCGAAGUUGAAAUUAAUUAUAUGGCUUACUCACAAUGUAUCUUCCUGAGCACUGAGUUCCUGUAUUAAGUCCUUCAAAGCCACAGACACUUGGAUGCAUUUCUUCUUGAAUGUACAUAAUUGCUUACUCAUAACAUUUAUUCGUGUUCAGUGUUUCUCUGCCAAAGCUUUUCAUUUCUUCCUAUUUCUUUUUAUCCAUUGAUGUCAAUUGUGCUAUAUAUCUUCUUCUAAUUGUGAUAAGUGCUUGGAUAGUUUACAUUUGUUACAGUAAAUACAAUGUAUUGAUCACAUUAAUGUGUUCACAUCAACCUUCUUUACUAAGUUAUAUAUUUGAUAACCAUGAAUGCUGAGUUUAGCUGGAUUUAUGACUUUGUGCUUGGGAGAAACAAAGAAUUGAAAGUAUCUUGUUUAAACAUCUUUAGAUACAUUUGAAUUUUCAGAAUAUUCUAUGCCAUUUUGUUUUUAAAUCAUUAUUUUGGCCUUGCUUGUUUUUUAAGAGAAACAAAGUUCUAUAACCUAAGCACACUCAGGAUAAGAAGAAUUACUUCUCCCAAAGUGUUUAUGGCUCUAGCCUAAAAUAUUCUAAACCUAUUUCGAUCAUGUUUUGCAUAUAAUUUCUAAUAUUAUGUUCUUUCGCCCUUAUUUUUGAAACCUUUUCAAUCUUGCAAAUAUUGAAAGCUUAUUAUUCUUAUAAAAUUGAUAAUGAGAUAUUUUGUUGCUUUAUUUGUUGUGCUGUAGAGUUUUAUGUUGUGUAACCCUAAAUAAAACUAUAUGUAAGAGUGUAUAAAGGGCUACCCUCAGCCCCCCUGGAUGUCAAAAGUGGUCAUCAUCGAACCACGAUGGACAAACUAUUAUUAUUAUAUAGGGUUACUUCACUUCAUAGUAAGGUUCCUGUGCUAAACUUGUUUUGCUGGUCAACUUAUUUCUAUACUUUUAACAAUGUGGCUCUAAGGUACGUGUCUCACCACCAUGUCUGAGCAUAGUGCUAUCUUAUUGCAUUGUUCUCAACCUUGUUCUCAAACACCCUUUAUGCAAUCUCUUUCCUGGAAAGUAUUUUGUGCAAUUAUAAAACAUCUUUUUUUUAACGCUUUUAACUGGUCAUCUGGGUAUUCCCCAAUCCCAGGAAGAGCAAUGCUUCCCUAAAUAAUCAUGAUGAUUAAUGAUUAUAAAACUAAAUUUUAUUAUAAAACUAACACAAAAGUUUUGAGCCUAUAGUCAACCUGACACAAAAGUUGUGCUCAUAGCCAAACCAGAUACAAAAGCUGUGAGCCCAAAGCCAACUAGACUUAAGUGCUGUCAGAACUACAGUGUCUAUAUACUGUUGAUUGUAAUUAAUCAUCGAGAAAUGCAUUCCAGUGUUUUUUUUGUAUUAACUAAACCAUUUGGUGCUAUUCUCAUUUACCUUCAAUGAUAUUCAAGAUCUUUGUGUGUGUAUUUUCAAGUGCAGUGUUGACUGAUCAUUUAAAGCCUGAUAAUAUUCUAGCCAUGCUUUUGGUGUGUAGAUUUGUGUUUUCUGAUAAUGGUAUCAUUAAACUUUUGCUUCUGUGCUACUGUUUGCAGCCAUGACAAAAACUGUUUACAUAUAAUUCCAAUGUAAUCAUGAACAUUUAAUAAGGUGUAUCUUGUGAUUGAAAUAAAUAUGUUCUCACCUGUACUCAAACAAGAUCAUUUUGAUCACAUUUCAAACUGAGAUCUUUAAAACUUUUUUUGUAACAUUGCAUAACAAGGACAAGUUUUCUUUGUUUUCUUGCUGUAUUCACUACAUAAAACAUAAAUGUGCCAAUAGUUGCUAAUAUGCUUGCCACUACAUGUAUGAAUAUAGCAUUGUAACAAACAAUUGUUCAUUUAAUAGCAUCCAGCAAGCCUCCAAUUUACCCUCUUCUGGUGUAGAAAAACAAUAUUACCAAUACCAUUAAAGAAUUCUAAGUUGUGCUCAAACAAUC